AUGUCGGCAGGUCGUGGCCGAUUGUUCGAGAACGUUGCGUUCCGCUUCUGCCAAUCUCCGUGGCAGGACGCAAGCAAGGUCAGCGCGUCGGUCUCGGGCUUGCAGGACGGCGAGGCGGUUCAACCGACGGGACUCGAGCUCAACUCCUCAACGCACGGUUGGCGCCGUCUCGUCUCUGGCACACCCGAAAGCGAUAGCAACGGGUCAACGUGCCUAGUUUGGGGCUCGCCGACCGGCACAAAGCGGCCCCGACUCAUCCACACGUGUAUGUGUGUGUUUGCGUGUGUGUGUGUGCUUGUGUGUGUAUCCGCUGUCCAGGACAGCCAUUGGCUGGUGAAAAAAGCGCCCGAGUUGCUGGCUUCCGCCGGACUCGGACAAAUGUCGGCUCGACUCACCCUUCGGCUGUUGACUCGCCUCGGCCGGCGGCGAAGAGGUGCCGGGCCUCGAGCCAGGCGUUCAAGCCCCGCUGGGCCUGCUCGGAGGUCUGGGGCUGCCGCUGUGAUUGGCCCAAUCGAGUCUGGUCGUUGGGUCGUCGCGUCGCGUAGCGACGGUUGGGCAAUCUGGACGGCGCGCCGCUUGAAGGCCGGCUGGUCCGAGUCCCGCCCCGUGUCCGAGGCUGUCGGUCGGCGAGGCCUGCGGGCGGCGGAGAUCACCGUCUGCCAGGCAACCGAGACACUUGGCGUCACUGAUUCUCUGACUCACUCAAUCAGUCAAUCAGUCAAUCAGUCAAUCAGUCAAUCGGUUAAUCACAAACUCAACUGUCGUCUUGAUGAGACGCCGAUCGGCUGGCUGGCUGUCCGUCUUUCUACGGGCCUCUGCAUUAUGACACACACCAACACACAACACACACACAUACACACACACACGCACCAACCAGUCAACCUCUCGCCGACAUGUUCGCCCCUUCAUGUAGGUAGGCACAGACAUGUUGGCAUGCCCGGCCGGCCAGGUGCACCAGACUCUCGGUCUGUCUGGCCGGACUGA